AUGGUUCACGCCGUAAAAUAUAUGUACAAGUACGUAUACAAAGGGUACAGAUAGAGCGGUGUUACAGAGAGACACGAUGCUAACAGCGUAUUACAAAUUCAACGCGGAACAUGAGGCUGCGUUCGGAGCUGGAAAGGUAUCACAAGAGCCGUAGCAUCUGUGGGAACAGUUCGAGUCGGCUAUGGCAGAAGAUUGUGUGCACCGUAGCUUGA